AUGAAACGAUCACCGUUAGCAUCAUCAUCAAGCCAAACGGAAACAAGAAAAACAAAGAAGAUCAAGAAAGAGUCAUUACCAUCAUUCAUACUCCCUUUUCAUGAAAUGGUUACGGAUGAUUUAUUGGCUUUGAUAUUUAAAUACAUUUCCGAAAAGUCGAGUUUUGCAAAUAUCAUGCUCGUGAGCAAGCAUUUCCGUCGAGUAUUGUUUUCUGUCGAGUUGAAUUGUUUUGAAUUUACUUUUUUUUACUACCGUGAGGCUCUUCAAAUGCCUGAUUUUGAUCUUGUGAGGGUGUGUGGUAUGAACUAUUCAGACCUCUACAACAAUCAUCAAUCUACCGAUAUAACGAGUUUCCCUUUCAACAAGCUUAAAUACAUUAAUCUGGAAGGCUUUAAUGAACAUUCAUUCACAUCACUUGUCACUAAACUUAAUACGAAAGAAAUUGAACACAUUUGUUACGAUAGUUACCUUUGUACAACAGUAUUGCGAGCACUGAAUGAAUUUUCCAAUCUCAAAACAUUGGAAGUUGCUGAUAUAUCUGAACCUAUAGAAGUUACUGUCACCAAUUCUUGUGUAACAACUUUCAAGUUGAACGAAGUUAUGGAUGAAACUGCAUCUCCUGUUGGCUAUGACCAACCUAUAGAAAUUUAUGAAUUUCUUGAAAACACACUACCAAUUUGUUUUCCCAACCUGCAGACUAUUGAAUUUGAACCAGUGUAUUAUUAUUUGGAAUUACGACAACUGUUACGUUUAUUGAUCAAACCUACUUUUCGCUCAUUGAAAAAGCUAAAAAUUCAUGUCAUUAUUGACGAACAUUACGACACAAGAAAUGAGAAUUUUUUAAUUAGUUCGGACGAAUGGAAGAGGUGUCGUGAAUUGAAACGAGCUAUAGAGCUGGAGUUAACAUGUGAAUAUUCACAUGUGGCAUCUUUGUUACUGGCUCUGUUUGUACCACACACGACACGUAUGGAUGUCAUGGUUGUUCCUCAAAAUAUGGGUUCUUAUUAUUCAUCACUCGAAUCUUUGAUUGGUAAUAUUUUUGCUAGCAAGCAAGAUAGAAAUGAUAUUUUACAACAGCUGAAGCAAGGAUAUCAUUUUUACAAGGCUCUAACAACUUAUCAUGAUGACUAUGAGAGUCCUGAGGAGAAUGAAGAGGAGAGUGACGAUGAUUUGGGCAGUGACGAUGAAGAAAGUGAAGACUUUUCAAUGUAUUUCUAA